AUGGGACAUUCUAGAUGGGUUGGACUUGAAACUAUUCACAAUCAGGAACUCGUACAUCGAGAUAUUCAUAGUGGAAAUAUAUUAUUUUUUGAAGAUUAUGAUCCAUCAUAUCAAUGGCAAAUUGGAGAUUUGGGAUUAUCGCAAUCUUUGAAUAAUGUUUCAAAUAAUGAAAUAUACGGAGUAAUGCCUUAUGUUGCACCAGAAUAUCAAGACGCAAGCUACGCUAAUUUAUCAUUAAAUGAAUAUACUUCUAAGGAAUUGGAAUUUGAUAUUUCAAGGCAACCUGCAAUAGAUGUAAAGUCCACAACUCAGAAUGCUUCAAAUACACUGCAUCAAAAAUCAGAAAUCAACUCUCAAGUUAAGGGAAAACGCGUUAAAACUGGUGAUAAUUUAAUUUCAGAAUCUCUAAAUUAG